AUGUUAUCAUCUUUCCUAAAUCCGAAUGUCAAUGCUAGAAAUGAAGGAGAACAGGACGUCGGCGCUAAUGGUAUGAAUGACACAGAUAGAUCAGCUGAGUUUGAAAAGCAUUCCGACACCACAGCAACCCCGAUUGUGAACCCUCGUGAUCUCAUUUGCAAUAAAGCCUUCAUCAUCUUGUGGUUGAUUCAGCUCUUUGAAACCUUCCCAACUACAACUUUGCUCUCCGUAUACAAGGAAAUUGGAACAACUACGGUGCAGGGUUCAGUUUUCAUUAAUUUAACCAGCGAAUCUUCUACUGCGUUUCUUCUUGCCGAUUCCACUCUUGAGCGUAAUGCUGAUAUGGAUCAUUUGCCUCGUUUCGACAUCUCAAUGCUUGCAAUCUCCACAGGUCAAGUUCUUCUAUGCGUCACUAUGCUUCUAUACAUUGCAACCGCAAGAGCAUUCGGCGUCAAGUACUUGAGUAUCAACUUCCCUUGUGUUUACACGGCAUCGAUUUUCGGACGAAUUGCGAGCAGCUACUAUACUGCAUACCACCCUUUUGACAAUAGACCCGAUUUCGUUCUCUACAUUUGCGCAUCUUUGAACACAGCUGCUUUAAUUAUCGGAAUAUUCCUACCGGACAAAGGAAAUAAAUGCUGUCAAUCGAAGGCGCGGGAAUUGGAGGAAACCAGUGAGAUCGAAUUAUCCAAGACUUUCACUGACGAAUGA